CGUCUCUUCAAAUCGUUUUCUGUCUGCACUGUCGAUAACAUAUAUCUAUAAAAGAAAUAGGAACAGGGUUACUUUAGUUAGCAAAGACGGAAAAAUACAGUGCUGUUUCUACAAGUAAGCAGUAGAUAUCAGGUUCAGCCUUGCAUUGAGACAUCCAGCGUGGCAGCCCUUACUUCACUUAGAGAAGCAAAAAGAAAACAGAAAACGUCUAGGAAAUGUGCCUUCCCAAACACCAAUAUCCAGGAACUCGUGAAAGCCAGGGGAAGUCUUAGGGGAAAAACAAAGAAAGAAGAAUGGAACAAAGAAUGUUCAGGCUUCAGAAAUCUAAGAUUUCAUCUUUUAAAAAAUGUCCAUCUCCUUGUGGAACACUGCCACUUGUAGGAAAAUGCAACUGACUCCUGAUAUGUUCUAUUUUUUGUUGUCUGUUAAUCUAGAUGAGGAAAUUGAGGCCCAGAGAGUUCUGUGUGAGAGAGGAAGAUGGAGGUAGAUUUGGCUGGCUUCAAUAUUGAUGCUCCCCGAUGGGACCAGGGUACCUUCAUGGGUCGACUGAAGCAUUUCUUCAACAUCACGGACCCUCGUACAGCUCUCGUUUCAGAGCAGACACUGGACUGGGCCAAAAUUAUGGUUGAAAGUAGCCGGCAUGGUACCGUACCCCCAGGCACCAGCCGGGAGCAGCUGCUGUAUGCCAAGAAGCUAUACGACUCAGCCUUCCACCCAGACACUGGGGAAAAGAUGAACGUGAUUGGGCGGAUGUCAUUCCAGGUGCCAGGAGGCAUGGCCCUCACAGGCUGUAUGCUCCAGUUCUACAGAACAAUGCCUGCAGUGGUUUUCUGGCAGUGGGUGAACCAGUCCUUCAAUGCGUUGGUCAACUACACCAACCGGAAUGCAGCCAGCCCCAUAUCAGUCAGGCAGAUGGCUGUAUCCUACUUCACAGCAACCACCGCAGCCCUGGCCACUGCCCUGGGGCUUAACGCGUACACCAAGAAAGCCCCACCCUUGGUGGCCCGAUGGGUGCCCUUUGCUGCCGUUGCUGCUGCUAACUGUGUGAACAUCCCUAUGAUGAGGCAACAGGAGCUCAUCCAUGGCAUCAGUGUGACUGACAGGAACUCUCGGGAGUUGGGUCAAUCACGGAAAGCUGCAGUCAUUGGCAUCUCCCAGGUGGUCAUUUCCCGAAUCACCAUGGCAGCUCCUGGAAUGAUCUUACUCCCAAUCCUCAUGGAAAGGUUGGAGAAGUUGGCCUUCAUGAAGAAAGUUCAGUUCCUGCAUGCCCCUCUGCAGGUGAUGCUGGCGGGGGGGUUUCUGAUCUUCAUGGUACCUGUGGCCUGUGCCAUCUUUCCACAGAGAUGUGAGAUGGCGGUCUCACGUCUGGAACCUGAGCUCCAAGACUCCCUCAAAGCUAAGCAUGGGGACCUCAUAUCGUUCGUUUACUUCAACAAAGGACUCUGAAAUACCUCUUUUUCACCUCCUGGCUACCCCAGGCCCUCGGAACUUCCUUUUUCCCCUCCCACUUCCCAACAAAGCAUAAAAGCCAGGCUGAAUUUGGGGGUGGACUAGAUUCCAUCUGUGCUCAAGCCCUGCUCUUCCCACUGCAGGCUGCUAAGGUCAGCGUGUAGGGGAGAGAGCAUGGAAUAGUGAAGGGACAGAUGGGCUCUGUUCCCCCAGACCCCAUUCUAAUCUUCAGGCCAUAUGGUCUCCCUGUCGCUCAGGCACAUCAUCAGCCUUUAUACUUAGGGCCUCUGAUGGAGAAAGGAUCUUCUGGAGAAAGGGUGGGUAAAGGGGAUCAAGGGAGUUCUCCAAGGUUGUUUUCAAGAGAAUGGGGGCUGGUACUUUGGCAUUCCAGGUCACAGUCUGGAUCAGAGACAUUUACUUGACUAAGAGGGACAGUGGAGAAAUCUCCAAGCCAACCCUUCCUAGUUCUAACUACAGAUAUGCUGAAAAACUUAAGGGUGCCUUUUCCCCACCUCUGACACUUAGGAGUUGUGUGACCCUGAAAAGUCAUUUAACUUCUUUUGGUGUCAGUUUCCUAUCUUUAAAAUGAGGUUAAUAGUACUCAAAGUAUCUACCUCACAAGGAGCUACCUUGCAAGGAUCAAAUGAAAUAAGGUUUAUUGCUUUGAAAGCCUUAAAGCAUUCCAUAAAUGUCAGAUUAGUAUCACUUUUCCCAUUCCUACCACGGUGGCCACUUUGUCUUAAAUCUGCAGGGGCUGCUCUGACCGAGUCUCGUGCAGAUCUCUGGCUGCCGAAUCCUUGCUUGCUGAAAUCCCCCAGAGAUGCCGGUGCUGAGGCUGGACUUCCCAUGGCUGAGGGUUUAUAGGUGGUCUCUGAGGCCAUUGACUUUGGUCACUAGGCAGGCUGGUUAUUUAGACCGUAGCUGUGAACAAUCUCUUGGGUAUUUUAUUAUAGCUGUUUGAGGUGGAAACUCACCCGAUUAUUAUUUUUUUUAAUCAAAUUUAUCACCUGUGAAUGAAAGCUCUUCCCACAAGAGCCAGUGUAGUUGGGUAGGUCUCAAUUGAAACCCAUUUCCUAGUCCUGUCUGUCCCUGGCCUCAGCCAAGAAAAUGGUGCUGAGUAGGAAAGGCAAGAAUGAUUUUCAUAGAAACAAAAAAGACCCUUCACUGAAGUGCUGGGCCUCUUUCAGCCUUGCCUACCCUCGUGUCCCCAAAGGCUGAGAUGCCUUGUAUGGUUUUGGGGGUCAGUUCUUAAUCCUCUAGGGCCAACACAGACAAGAAUUUUGUCUGCUUUUCUGUCUCUUGAGAAGAUCUUACUGUGAAUUGAAUAAAUUUUUUAAAAGGUUUAAAAAUCUCUUCAAUAAAAGGCUUAAAAACCCCUUUUUAAAGGUGA